AUGCCUUCGGUCAAACGCGUACACCUUGACGACCAAGAUGCCGUCGAAGGCCGUUUCGUGGGUGGAAGCCCACUUGCCCGCAGCAGGCUUCUGAAGCCAUUAACGUAUACCGGUUCGCUCGACAAUUUCAGAAAUCAGGAUCUUACUCCGGUAAUUGGGAGGGAAUAUGAAGGUCUCCAGGUGACAGACCUAUUGAAAUGGGGCGACGACAUGAUUAGAGACCUCGCAGUCACCGUUUCACGGCGUGGAGUUGUCUUUCUCCGGGAUCAACAGGUGACCCCAUUUCAAAUGAAAGAACUUAUGCUGCGCAUAACCGAAUUGUCUGGGUGUCCUGAGUCGUCUGGCUUGCAUGUCCACCCCCUGACAGAGGAAGGUUCUGAGCUAGGGGAUCAAAUAUCAGUUAUAAGCAGCGAGAAGCAAAAGAAGGGCGGCGGUCUCACACACCAAUUGUCCGACGUGAGUCGCUUCGCCUCCGCCGGAUGGCACUCCGAUAUAACGUUUGAGCCCGUGCCGUCCGAUUAUGCUAUGCUGAAGAUUCACACUCUACCUGCGACAGGUGGGGACACUUUAUGGGCAUCAGGCUACGAAAUAUACGACCGUGUAUCCCCUGCCAUGCAGCAAUUCCUGGAAGGUUUGACAGCAACGCACGAUGCGAAGUUUUUCUUGGAGGAGGCGGAGAGAUUGGGAAAUCCGAUUAGGAAGGGCAUCAGAGGAAACCCGCUCAAUUUUGGCGAAGCGUUAACGGCAGUCCAUCCAGUUGUGCGAACAAACCCUGUUACUGGAUGGAAGUCUGUCUACGUAAACAAAGGCUUCACGAAACGAAUCAAUGGCGUCACCAAGGACGAGUCGGACUUGCUUCUCGGCUAUCUAUUCAACAUCGUAACCCAAAAUCACGAUGCACAGGUAAGGUUCAAAUGGCGAGCGAACGACUUAGCUAUCUGGGAUAACCGAAGUAUGUGGCACUGCGCUACAUACGACUAUCAUGAUCCGAGAGCGGGAGACCGUGUGUGCAGUGUAGGAGAGGCUCCGUACUUGGACUUGAAGAGCAGGAGUCGAAAGGAAGCUCUAGGAUUGAUGUAG